AUGCUUCCUGGCCUUCUGGAUAAUCUUUCCGGUGAAGAGGCCGAGCUGAGCCGGGUGCAGGCUGCAGAUGCCACAGCGAGCAGCAGCUCUCCGUCUAGGACCGCUGGGCUUCUGCCGCCGUUCGGUGUGACCAAGAUGUCGCACCUGCCAACACCACAAAGCCCAAGCAACGCUGCCCAGUAUGCACCAGAGCGGAACGGCUCGUUUGUAUCGCCGGUGCACAAUGUGAAUAGGGAAGCAACGUCGUCGCAAGCUACUCACAGAGCUGCCACACCACUCAGGGAGGAGCCACAAGCGAUAUCUGCUGCUUCUUUCAUGACGCCGGAGUCCAGUCCUCUCUUUCCCCGGAAAGUGAUGCAUCCAGUAACACCACAACAUGCCAGCGAUCCGUCCUCCGCACCACAUACCCCUCACCGCAGCCAUCCCGGAUCGUCGGAAGCAGCAGCAGAGAAGGCAGGAGAUAGGGUGGUCGUCGACACUGCGGUACCACCUCUAGCUCCUGCCCCCAUCAUCACCACACCCGUGUCCACCCACUCCCGAGGCCUCACCCCCGCCUCCCGCCUCUCCUCGCCGUUCCGGGGCAGAUCAGCUGACCGGCGUGCGACGAACUCCCGCUCACCCAUGCCACGUGAAGACUCGCCCAUGGCCCUGGACGUCUUUGCCGGGGUACCCGCCUCGCUGCCCCCGCUCGCAACCCCCGUGCCGCAGCGCGCACUCGGCGGCGAGAUCCAGCGGAUCCACCUCCAGCUCGCCGCCGACCGCGCGGAGCUGCUCUCCGAAAAGGAAGCGCGGCGCCCAGAUUAUCUCGUGCGUGAGAAACGCUCUCACCCCGACUCCGACAUCCCGACGCUCGACGAGCUCGACGCCGCGAGCAUCGCGCUCGGGGUGACGGAGAGUCCGGUCAAGGGCCGCCGGUUGCAGUUGUUCCAGGCGACGUCGGAGGAGACGUUCGAGCAGAGCCUGCUUGCGGGUGGGUACCCGGGCUACGGGCAAUCGCCCGCGUACAAGGUGCCCGAACCGCAGACGCCAUUGCCUAAUGCGAAGAGCGGCCGGGCGCCGCUGUCCCAACGUGCGCUGCAGUGGUUGCAUCAAGCUACACCUGGUCAGCCCGGCCCGUCAACGUUGACCACCGUAGAGGAAGCGCCAGCGGAGGAUACUGAGUGGGUUCCGAGCGAGAGGGAGACCAAGAAGCGCAAACGGCUAGACAUGUUCAGGGAAAAGACAGCGGCGAAGGAGUCCGCCCCAAAGCUGUACCCAGUGGAGGUUGAGGGCCGCGGCCGUCUGCUGCUAAACGUCCCUCCCGAGGGAUCGCCAACACAUCCAGAGACGCCCGUAAAGAGACGCGUUGUCCGGCGCAAGAAGCGGAGGGGCGGACGGAAGGGCGCGCAUGGUAGACAAGAUGACGACGAAGAGGGCGAGCCGCUGGAGCCCAACUGGCCCGACGCCGCGUUCCCGUGGUGCAUGCGUCUUCAAGAGCGCACGGAUGUCGCGAAGAUGGAGCAAGAAGAGCGGCUACGGUGGAUCGAGCGAUUCCUGGACCGCUCGAGCGAGAGCGACGAGGAAGAAGAGGAAGACCAGGUUCUCCGACCUCCACUGCAGUCGCAUGACAACGACCAGAUCGCGCACCGGCGGGGUCGGGGAAAGAUGGUCCCUCUGCGCGCAAACCCGGAGAGUCGCACUCGCAACGAGCACGUCUUGACGCCUAGUGACCCCGCGGACGCACGCGCAGCCCUGCUCUCCAAGCGCUCCGUCCGCACGUUGUCCUUUCGUCGCCGCUCCAACGAGACCUCCGGCGAGGACGUGACGUGCAUCGGGUGUUCACGCGGGGACGACGGGAGCGAGCUGGUGCAGUGCGACGAGUGCCAGACAUGGUACCACCUGCGCUGUGUCGGCUUCAAGACCAUCGCCGAACUCGGGCGGGAGGAGGACCCGUGGUACUGCGACCGGUGCCUUGACAUCCCGCCAGCCUCGCCGCUCCCGGAACCAACCUUCGUGCCUACGGACGACCGACCGUCUGCACCCACAUCCCGACGCGACUCGCUUUUUCUCCAGAACCCCCUCCUGCUAGAGUCUCCCGCACCACAUUGGGAUAGCGAUACCGGAGCGGGGACGCCGCAGACCCCGGUGCGAGGAGGCGACGGCGACGCCAGCAACGCCGAUCGUACCUUCUCUACGCGCUCUUCGUGGGGCGACUCCUCGCGCGCAGGACCGUCUACGCCUGAGUCGUCUGCGAAGGCCGUGCGGGUGUACCACACGCCCGGGCCGUUCUCACUAGAGCGCGACCAGCUCGACCCAGAGACGCCGUUCGACCCAACCACAACACCGUCGCGUGGGAUCAAGUUCAGUGGCGGGCCGCCCCCAACGCUCGGGCUCUCGACGCCUCGCGGAGGGUACGGCGUAUGGGCGGGUCGUGGCGGGCACACGCCGACCCCGGGGGCGAAGCUCGGCGGGAGCCAGGCGUGGCGGCACGGCGUGGACGGGAGUGGGGGCGGGCCUUUCUCGAGCCCGCACGUCAGGAGCAUCUACAGCGUGGCGUACGACGAUACCCCGGUGACGCGUGCGCCGCGGGUGCCCGAGCGGGGAACGACGGUGCAGGGGCGGAGGUUGUGGGGCUCGCCGGGGCCGGGGUUUGCGCGGCCGAUGACGCCGAGUCCGCCUUUGAAGGGGGGAGGAUGCGAUGGAGACUGA